AUGCCAGCAGCCUGCCCGAAUGCGGUGCUCGUCUCUUACAGACCAGUCAGUUCCUGCUGGAGGCUCCUGAUAUCAUCUGGGGAGAUGACGUCCAGGCCCCCCGACUGCCUGCUGCGGCUGCUCCGGGGUGCCCCGAGGCAGCGGGUCUGCACCCUGUUCAUCAUCGGCUUCAAGUUCACGUUUUUGGUCUCCGUCAUGGUCUACUGGCACAUUGUGGGAGAGCCCGGGGGCCAAGGACAGUUAUCUAACCUGCCUGCUGACAUACCCUGCCCGCGCUUGGUCCCCCACACACCGCCCUCCGGCACCCCACCUCCCGGCAACAUCUUCUUCUUGGAGACUUCUGACCGGACAGACCUCAACUUCCUGUUCAUGUGCUCAGUGGAGUCAGCAGCCAGGGCCCAGCCUGAGUCCCAGGUGGAGGUCCUGAUGAAGGGGCUGCCCGGCGGGAACGCCUCCCUGCCCUGGCACCUGGGCCUCUCGCUUCUGGGCUGCUUCCCCAACAUCCAGAUGCUCCCGCUGGACCUGCAGGAGCUGUUUCGGGACACGCCCCUGGCAGCCUGGUACGCGGCCCUCCAGCGGCGGUGGGAGCCCUACGUGCUGCCCGUGCUCUCCGAUGCCUCCAGGAUUGCGCUCAUGUGGAAUUUCGGAGGCAUCUACCUGGACACGGACUUCAUCGUCCUCAAGAGCCUGGGGAACCUGACCAACGCGCUGGGCACCCAGUCCCGCUAUGUCCUCAACGGCGCCUUCCUGGCCUUCGAGCGCCACCACGAGUUCAUGGCGCUGUGCAUGUGUGACUUCAUGGCCCACUACAACGGCUGGAUCUGGGGCCACCAGGGCCCGCAGCUGCUCACGUGGGUCUUCAAGAAGUGGUGCUCCAUCCGCAGCCUGGGCGAGAGCCACGCCCGCCGCGGCGUCACCACCCUGCCCUACGAGGCGUUCUACCCCAUCCCCUGGCAGAACUGGAAGAAGUACUUCAAAGACAUCAGCCCCGAGGAGCUGUCCCGGCUGCUCAACGCCACCUACGCUGUCCACGUGUGGAACAAGAAGAGCCAGGACACGCGCUUCAAGGCCACGUCCUGGGCACUGCUGGCCCAGCUCCACGCCCGCUACUGCCCCACGACGCACAAGGCCAUGAAGCUUUACUUGUGAGGGACCUGCCUGGCUCCCUCCGUGCACCCGGCGUCCUGAAGGAAAGGGCU